UCUGCCAGUACCAAAACGGUCCUCUUAUCAAAGAAACACAACCUAAAAACUGCAUUCAAUCACCGCUUUUAACAUGGGAAGUGCUUGUUUUUCCUGGGACGUUUGUUUGUUUUUCGCCCUCAUAAAUACUUGCGGUGCAAUGGCAAACGUGGCUCUCUCAGUCCCGGACACAGAUGAGUGUUCGGAGUCCACGGACGACUGUCACAUUGACGCCAUUUGCCAGAACACCCCCAAGUCCUUUAAGUGCAUCUGCAAGCCUGGAUACAAAGGAGAUGGGAAACAAUGUGAAGACAUGGAUGAGUGUGAGAACGACUACAACGGGGGCUGUGUCCAUGAGUGUAUCAACAUCCCCGGGAACUACAGGUGCACCUGCUACGACGGCUUCAUGCUCGCCCACGACGGACACAACUGUCUGGAUGUUGAUGAGUGUGUAGACAACAACGGAGGCUGUCAGCAGGUGUGUGUCAACAUCAUGGGCAGCUACGAGUGUCAGUGCACCAACGGCUUCUUCCUGAGUGACAACCAACACACCUGCAUCCACCGCUCUGAAGAUGGGAUGAACUGCAUGAACAAGGAACACGGCUGUGCCCACAUCUGCAGAGAGACCCCAAAGGGGGGCGUGUCCUGCGAGUGCCGUCCAGGGUUUGAGCUGGCCAGCAACCAGAGAGACUGCACAUUGACAUGUCACUAUGGAAACGGCGGCUGCCAGCACACAUGUGAUGACACCGAGACUGGACCAGUGUGUGGCUGCCACCAGAAAUAUGCCCUACACUCUGACAGCAAGACCUGCAUCGAGAAAGAUGAGGCUGCAAUUGAGAGCUCUGAGUUCAAUGCCACGUCACUAGCUGAUGUGGACAAGCGGGUGAAACGGCGGCUACUUAUGGAAACCUGUGCAGUAAACAACGGUGGAUGUGAUCGGACAUGUAAGGACACGGCCACCGGGGUGCGCUGCAGCUGCCCCGUUGGCUUCACGCUCCAGCCCGACGGCAAGACGUGCAAAGACAUCGAUGAGUGUCUGGAGAAUAACGGUGGCUGCGAUCACUUCUGCCGUAACACGGUGGGCAGCUUUGAGUGCAGCUGCCAGAAGGGCCAUAAACUCCUGACCAACGAGCGCACCUGCCAGGACAUCGAUGAGUGCUCCUUUGAGAGGGCAUGUGACCACACCUGUAUCAACUACCCUGGCAGCUUUGAAUGCUUGUGUCACAAAGGCUACACUCUGUAUGGUCUCACACACUGUGGAGAUAUUGAUGAGUGCAGCAUCAACAACGGGAGCUGUGAGUACGGCUGCGUCAACACACAGGGUGGCUACGAGUGUGUGUGUCCACCUGGCAAGAAACUCCACUGGAACAAGAAAGACUGUGUCGAGGCGGUGAAGUGUCUGCCCAAUGGGAAGCCGGCGCCACGGGCCCAACUCAGCUGCACCAAGAGCGGAGGGGUGGAGGCCUGCUCCCUGUCCUGCCCCUCCAACGCUCUCUUCCUCGCAGACUCUGAAAACAGCUAUACUCUAAGCUGUGGGGUACCUGUUCAGCCAGGAAAGGCACCACAGAAGAGGAAUGCCACUACCUCACUGCAGACCUGCGCAGAAACGUUAUCCCCACCGAUAAAGCAGAAGGCCAGAUUCAAGAUUAAAGAUGCCAAAUGUCACCUGAGGCCCAGGAACAAGGAGAAGCACAGGGAGACCUCCAAACAAAGCCUGCAAGGGGGACAGUUCCCUUGCACAGACGACUGCCAGGUCACGUUUGUCAACCUGAAAUGUGACUCGUCGAAGAAGAGGCGGCGCGGGCGCAAGUCUCCUUCCAAAGAGGUGUCCCACAUCACUGCCGAGUUUGAGAUGGAAAUGAAGGAGGAGGAGGCUUCAGACUCGUGUAAUGUGGACUGCGUGCGGGAGAAGACCAAACAGCGGCUGCAGAAUGCCAUGCGUACCCUCCGCAAGUCCAUUAACAAGCAGCAGUUCUACAUCCAGUUCUCGGGCACCGUGUAUGAGGUGGCACAGCGGGCAGCGCGCCAGUCAGAAGACACAGAGUCCUGCAGCACCGGCCAGGUCCUCAUAGACGGCAAAUGUGUCAGCUGUGGGGUGGGGACGUUCUACAGCGGGGGGCAGGAGCAGUGUGUCCAGUGUCCCCCGGGCACCUACCAGGACACGGAGGGCCAGCUGUCCUGUGAGCCCUGCCCCAGCACGGAGGGACAGGGCAUCACCGGGGCCAAGAACGUCUCUGAGUGUGGGGGCCAGUGUCCCCCUGGGCAUUUCUCCUCGGACGGGUUCCGGCCAUGCCAGCAGUGUGCCCUGGGCACCUUCCAGCCAGAGCCGGGCCGAGUGCUGUGCUUCCCCUGUGGGGGUGGCCUCAUGACCAAGCACGUGGGCAGCACGUCCUUUAAAGACUGCGAGGCCAAAGUUCACUGUGCUCCUGGACACCAUUACAACUCCACAACGCACCGCUGUAUCCGCUGCCCGGUGGGGACCUACCAGUCCGAGUUCGGCCAGAACUACUGUAUCAACUGCCCUGGGAACACCACCACCGACUUUGAUGGUGCCACCAACGUGUCUCACUGCAAAAAUCAGAUGUGUGGUGGAGAGCUGGGGGAGCUCAUGGGCUACAUCGAGUCUCCCAACUACCCCGGCGACUAUCCAUCCAACGUGGACUGUAUCUGGACCAUCAACCCGCCCAACAAGAGACGCAUCCUUAUCGUCGUGCCCGAGAUCUUCCUUCCCAUCGAGGAUGAGUGUGGAGACGUGCUUGUCAUGAGAAAGAGCGCCCUGCCCACCUCUAUCACCACCUAUGAGACGUGCCAGACGUAUGAGCGGCCCAUCGCCUUCACCUCACGCUCCCGCAAGCUGUGGAUCCAGUUCAAGUCCAACGAAGGCAACAGCGGCAAAGGCUUCCAAGUGCCCUACGUGACCUACGAUGAGGACUACCAGCAACUUAUUGAGGACAUUGUCCGUGACGGUCGACUCUACGCCUCAGAGAAUCAUCAGGAGAUACUGAAAGACAAAAAACUAAUCAAGGCGCUGUUCGACGUGUUGGCUCACCCCCACAACUACUUCAAGUACACCGUUCAGGAGUCCAAAGAAAUGUUCCCACGUUCUUUCAUCAAGUUCCUCCGCUCCAAAGUGUCAAGGUUCCUCCGACCGUACAAAUAGGUCCCCAGAUCACUCCAGGUCCUUGAACCGCCCUGCACAUCUAAAUGUGCCCCUUUCACGCUCUCUAUUCCCCCCUAUUGUUUUUGCUCGCUAGCUGUAGCUUCCACAAUUCCACAUGAUACGUAAAGGAAAAAGACUGAACACCCCUAGACAUUUAAAGUCCUUGUUUUGACUUUAAACUCUUUCUUUUUUUGAUAAGUUCGUCUUUGUUUUUGUUUGUUUUAUUUGAUUUUUAAUGUGUUUGUUUGUUUUAUUUGAUUUCAUUUAUUAGUUUAUUAUUUUUAAAAUAUUUAUAUGUGCUAGUACUAGCAAAACCCCACAUUAUGGAUGUUUGAUAUAAAUAUGUAAGUGUGUGUGUGUGUGUGUGUGUGUGUGUGAGAGAGUGUGUGUGUGUGAGAGAGAGAGAGAAUAUGCAAAUGUGUCUGUGAAUGUAUUUGUGUGUGUGUGUGUGUGUGUGUGUGUGUGUGUGUGUGUGUGUGUGUGUGUGUGUGUGCGUGUUUGGUGUGUGUGUGUGUAUGUGAAUAUGUAUGAAUUUAUAACUGCAUAGCUAAGGUAUGCUAGUACAUUCAUAUUCACAUACAAUAUAUCUUGCCGGCUAUUUUUUUCUUUGAUUUUCUUCCUAUGGCCCCUUACAUGCACGAGAGAUAGAGGAUGUAAAAUGUUUGGUGCGCUUAAAAGUUUUUCAGCCAUUGUAAGAUGGGUAAAGUGAACCUUUUAUGAGACCCUGAACUAAUUCAGCUUGUGCUGUGCUUACAUUAUGAAAGACAAAGAAAGUGAAAGUCUAUAUAGUAGAUUUUAAACUAUAUAACAAGAUAAUAAAAAAAAACUACCUGCAAGUAACAGAGGUUACGAUAGAAAUGUAUGUUAUGUAGCUAAUAUUUGGAACUUCAAUUGCACUUGAAUUUUAUAUUGUAAACUGUAGAAAGAAAUUCUAAGUUUUUCCUUAUGUUUGUGUUGUAUAGAAAUGUUUCAUCUUGGUUUUGUUGGUUUGAAAGAAAAAAAAGAAGAAAAAAAAACUACCCAUAUUCUCACGGUACUCAGUAUUGGAUUCCUUUGACAGAAAGAAACAAGUGAAGAAGGAAGGAAGAGAAAUAAAAACAGUAAGAAAAAAAGAAAGAAAGAAAGAAAGAAAGAAAGUAAUAAUCUGUGCAUCUUCCUUUUUUCCUCACCUCUGAAUGACUCAGUCCUGAGAGUAAAAAUUACCUCUGUAAUCUUUUGUGAACUUUUGUCUGAAUGAUCGUCAAUUGAAGGGAAGAUAUAUAUCAGCAGUGGAAUAGUGGCAGUUUUGAAUUUGCACCAUUUCACCAUUCUGUACAGCAAGCUAGCUUGUUAGCUGCCAGAGAGAAAGAAAGACUUUUAGUGUAAAGUUUCUCAUAUGAUGGCACAAAGUGCAAGCUUCUUCCAUUUAUCCACGUAUACAGUUAGUCCAAACUACCGUAGAUUUAUAUCCAGCCCAAUCUUAGCAAGGACGAGAAGCGAGAGAAUGGCACUGAAUGUUGGAUGGUCAGUGGACAUUGUAUUCCUAAGAGAGUCUGUUAUUGUUUGUUUGCAAUGGAGAUUUAUUUUGUUUUGUUUGCUUGUUUGUCUCAAGAACAUGGUCACCUUGCCCAGAAUAUUUGCAAUCCAGUGGAGUUUAUGAGGGUAGACGCUCUGUGUAUCUUUAGCCUUUGUGUUUUUCUUGAGACCAGAGUUCCAUUUUCAAGAGGGCAGAAGUUGUUGACCUGGACUUAUUACUGAUGGGAGUACUUGUGGCUGUGUAAUACCAUUAGAAGUGAGGCAAAAGUCAUGGACUCUGAUUGAAGAGAGUUCACAUAUUCCCACAAGAACUAAACUCUAACCUAACAUGGAACGGCUUUGUGCUGGGCACAAAGACAAGCUGUCACGGCCUCAUCAUGACAUCCUCCUAAUUGGCUAUCGACUAUCGACUCCAGACUAUAUAUCAUGUCAUCUCCCAUAUAUUUUUGGUACCCCCAUUGCUGAUCUUUAAUCAGCCAAACCUGCAAUGAACCCAAUGAACCCUAUUUUGUGAUGGAAUAAAAGGUACAAGGAAUCAGGGCUGUGGUGGAUAGGAUGGAGUCAAGAGGUUUAUAAAUAUAUAGUUAACUAACAAGUAAUGCUACAUACAGUACACUUAUCCUUAGAAUGUAUUUAAUGGGAUUUUUUGCGUGUGUGUGUGUGUGUAUUUGUGUGUGUGUGUGUGUAUGUGUGUGUGUGUGUGUGUGUGUGUGUGUGUUGUUUAUGUGGUGUGUGCUAGAGAGAGAUUUAGACUAUAGUGUAUAUGCACAUGUAUGAGAUAACUGUCGGCUAGUUUAGGAGUGAUGACUUUUGAAGUUUUGCAAUGCAGUUAGUUGAUGUAUAUCACCCAAAGAGAGAGAGAGAGAGAGAGAGAGAGGAAACACAUUUCAGAUAGAGGAGAAAAGGAUAUACUAUGUGUAGAAAGAAGCCAAAAUACUAUAGGUGUUGUAGUCCUUUUUUGUUGACCUGGUAGAUCUGCGAUAAUCCAGUUGCAAAGAGAAAAAAAAACUGACAAACUCAAGCUGCAUUAGAGAAGACGGCACUCGGAGAGAUUUCCUACGUAGUUUUCAUUUUCCUCUGGAGAGCAUUAUUUAAUGUUGUCUCAAUAUCCCUUUUAACAUUCUUCACUUCCCCACAUAGUUGGUUGAGCGCAUGAAAAACUCCUCUCUGGGCUGCUUGAUCUCUCCCCAGGCAUUGUGUGAUUAAAAACACAGAGGUUGUGGCACUGCGGAACAAUGAGUGUGUGUGUGUGUGUGUGUGUGUGUGUGUGUGUGUGUUUCGGCGGUUCAUUUAGGAGGCAGAUAACACUAUCCCCCAAGGAGGGAGGGAAGUAUGCCUUGGCCUUACCAAGGAGCGUGAGCAGUCCCUUAAAAAUACAGAUGACACAUCCAUGAGCUAAGCUUGAAACAACCCCCCAAACCCUGUUAACAAUAAAGGCAUCCUCCAGUGGUCUGUCCAUUCCUCUUGAGGUGUUUUUGGACUGGACAGGAGUGAGUGAGAGAGAGAGAGAGGAGAGAACAUGCUGAAAAGUGAUUCAGUGAAAUGGUGGUGAAAUAUCAUGGAAAGGCCAUCUCAAAUUUUUUUUUUCGACAAUAUUUUUUUCUGCUUUCUUUUUUUUCUGUUCAAAUAAGCACUUAUUAUUGCAAGCAUUCCUGCAGCUAGCUCUGCCGCCACUAGUGUCUCAGUGGGGACUGUGUAAACUCCACUCUGCCCAGUAUUCAGCCUGAGAAACAGAGGGAGAGAGAAAAACAGACAGAGAGAAAGAGAGAUAGAAUUAGAGGAAGAGUGAAAAGGACCCUCCAUCCCAAAACCAAAGAGUAGCAGACUAACAGCAAACAGGUGCCUCUCCCCCGACCCCCCCCCCCCCCCCCCCCCCCCAACCUGUCAUCAGCUCCCUCACCUGGUUAUGCAAAACUUAGCUAUGGCCUCUUCAUACAAAGACGCAUGCAGAAGCUUUCAUAGCAUCUGGACUGUCACGCUGUGU